CUGUGUGGGAAGGAAAGAACUUUCAUACCUCACCCAAACAAAAAGUUGUUCGGAGUUCGUGGAAAAAAGUGUAUAUUUUAAGUGAAAAUAUACUCGACCACCAUGGAUCGGGAGGCGGAACAUCUGCCUGAGUACAAGAGGAUGCAUCAUCUGACUUAUCGGAGGAAUUGCCGCGUGGUGACUGUCGUCUGGGCGAUUUUCUCCGCCUGUUUUGUGAUCCUCAAUGCUGUGGCAUUCAUUCAGCCCCAGUGGUUAGGAGACACGGAGACAUCCCCUGGGGUUGGGUUUUUCGGUCUCUAUGAGUACUGUGAACGUCUUCAGGUGGGAGGAGAAUACAGCUGCCGGGGAGAUUUCUUAGACUUUACCUCACUUACUAAUGACUCCUUUCGUGCCGCCAGCAUGCUUGUGGGUCUUUGUAACCUUUUGUUUAUUUUUUCUGUCGUCUGCCUGCUUUUGUUUUGCUUCCUGAAAGCAGCCACGGUUUUGAGAAUUUGUGGAGUUCUACAGGCGAUCGGAUGUGUGUGCAUGGCUCUGGGGUGCAUUAUCUACCCUAAUGGCUGGGACGACGCUAUGGUGCUGAGGACGUGCGGUAAGGAUGCUGGGAAGUAUCGCGUGGGGCAGUGUCAGGUCCGCUGGGCGUUCAUCCUCUCCAUUGUCCUGAUCUUUGACGCCAUUGUCCUCGCUGCCCUGGCGUUUAUCAUGGCGUCCAAACAGGCAAACCUUCUACAGAAGUCUGAGUACCGCAAACAAAAAUGUAAGUAUCCAAACAAAAGUAGGUCAACUUCUUCCUUUACAAACGGAGGUUUCACCGACAUAACACCUGCUGAGGAGAAACCCGAGAUAAUGGAGACUGUCAUCGCAGACCAGGGGUCAGAGGUCAACGAUGACAUCAGACUGUAGGGGCGGACACUAUGGUUAUAAAUUUAAUACUGAAAACUAAAAUUUCACCAUAAUGCAAAUUUAGCUAGACCUCAAUUUAUUUGUUCCUUUUCUUCAAAAUAUAUAUUUAGGGAAAAUUGUAUGAAGCACGCCAUCUUUUCUAUUAGAUUUAUUUAUAUGUGAUAAAAAAAAUGAUACAAUUCUUGGCCUACAAUUUCUUUGUCUUUCAAUACAUUCUAGAUGACAAGAUGAGAUUCCUGAUGUCCAUGACACUUUUAUAUUGUUAUGUACUGUAUUAAUUUUUGACUAUUGAAUGUUUUUUCUGUAAACUCUGUACAUAGAAUUGAAGAUGUCACUCAUAUUUUUGUAACAGGCAGGUGAAUUGUAUUUUAAUUUAUUGACACCAAAGAGAUUACUUUUCAUGAAAAUUUUGAAAUUUUCAGACAAAAUAUUGCUAUAUGUUGAACAUUUAUGUGAUCAAGAUUGAUUUUCCCUUUCUUCUAAUUUUGAUACAACAGAAUUUAAAUCAUGAUGUUAAUAAUUGUACACAUUCAGUGUAAAAAAAAAAAACCUUUAAAUUUAAAAUCCUGCUCCAGUUGUCUUGUACAUAUCACAUUUUCCACAUACAUAUGUAUAUUUUUCUGUGUAAAAUAGAUUUACAGUAAAACUUGGAUAUAAAGAACUUCUGUUUCACACAAUUCAGGAAUUUUUUAUUUUUAAGGAACUUUUUUGAAUUCUGAAGAGGACCUUUCAUUAUGUUUCAAAUGAUUUAAUACAUCUUUUAUUAGAAAGCAAAUUUCAAGGUCCCAUCUACUUCAUUAUAACCAAGUUUUACUAUAAAUCAUUCUUUUAUGGUUGAAUCAUAAUUAUGUAGUACAAUUAUAAUUUUUGAUCAGGGUAUUUAUUAUGCAAAGAUUUAUUUGGGAAAAAAAGCUUUCUUAUAUAUUUUUUAGUGUUACUUAUACUGGUUAGUAAAUUUUGCUUCUUUCAAACUUCUUAAAAAACUACUUGAAGCUUGCUGAAUGCAUAAUACUUGUACAUAUUUGCAAGAAAUAAUUAAAAAAAAAAUGUUUAAGAUUUAUGAGGUUGUGACUUUUUUUAUCAUAAAAAUUAUGUGUAUACUAGGUUAGUGCUUUUCUGUUCUGUGUAUUUUGUUGUAAACAUUUAUUUUUAAAAGUUAUAUCAAAUGGCAGUUUGAAAUUGCUAUUUUGUGUGAAUAUUAAUAUAAUGAAUGUAUAUUUGUUUUGAAAAUAGAGUAUAUUUUCAC